GCUCAGUCGCUGUUAACCGUUGUUGCUCCUCGCUCUCACAGAAAACACUGAAGACACAGAACCGCGGAGCAUCAAGGAGACGCCACGGUGUCAGGUUAAAACCGUCCACAGACUACUCAAUUCUGUCGUGUUUCCUACAAGGUAUGCGGGUAUAACAGUGUGAGGAUGGCAAAGCGACCCGGGACUGAGGACGGGAUGCGGACUUCACCUUCCAUUCUCCGGGAUUUCGUCGUCGAUUUGAACAUGGAUUGCAGUGGGGGUGACGGAGCCGCGGAGGACGUCUCCCUGGAAGAAAUCUUGACUCUGUACAGCCAGCCGAUAAACGAGGAGCAGGCGUGGGCAGUAUGUUAUCAGUGCUGUCGGACACUGGCGCAGACACACCGGAGGAAAAACUCAAAAUAUGCCGGCGCUUGUGUGCGGAGGAUUGAAGGACCCGGGGACGUGAGGAUCAGGAGGGACGGGACUGUAGGACUGCGCUUUGAUGAGAGCACAGAUAAAUACAAACCGGCUCCCACGUCAUUAGAGGUUAUCGACUCACUGGGUGUUAUGAUCUACAAAGCUCUGGACUAUGGUCUCAAAGAAAACGAGGAGCGUGAACUCAGCCCGCCGCUCGAGCACCUGAUCGACAUGAUGACCAACCAUAAUAAAAGUGAGAGCGACCCCUGUCCCGACGAGGGCUACGAGGCUACUGAAGAAGAGGAUGAGUGUGAGGAGGAGGAGGAAGAGGAGCUUGUAUCUGCCACCACCAACUGCACGGUCGCCAGAAUACGCAACUAUCGGGAUCUUAUCCUGCUAUGUUCUUCCCACCUGCCGAGCCCUUCAGACGCUCCCAGUCAUUACCAGGCUGUGUGCCGCGCUCUCUAUGCCGAGUCCAGGGAACUGUGCACCUUUCUGGAAAAGAUCAAGAGUGCUAAGGAGAACCUUCGGCGAAUGGAAGGUGGGACUCGGGAUGACCCCGUCAAAGACCUCGAUGAGCUGCAAAAUGCAGAUUGGGCACGGUUCUGGGUGCAGGUGAUGCGAGAUCUUCGACACGGUGUGAAGUUGAAGAAGGUUCAGGAACGUCAGUACAACCCACUGCCCAUUGAAUACCAGCUCACACCCUACGAAAUGCUGAUGGACGACAUCCGCUCCAAGCGAUACAAGCUGCGGAAAGUCAUGGUGAAUGGGGACAUCCCUCCAAGGUUAAAGAAGAGCGCACAUGAAGUCAUUCUGGAAUUCAUCCGGUCACGACCUCCUCUCAACUCGGCCGCGGCCCGGAAACUGAAGCCUCACCCUGCCCGACCGAGGAGCCUCCAUGAGCGACUUCUUGAGGGCAUUAAAGCUGAGAGGAAGCUGAGGCCGGUGUCACCGGACAUGAUUCGCAGAAACCGUCUAGGUGCAGGAAAAAGCAUCAGCACCCCACAAGACUUGUUCCGAAGCUCAGACACUCCCGAUGCACCCAGGAAGUUAACUGUCAGCACCCAGUCUCUGGCUGCUGGCAUCUACACGGGACCCAGUCAAGGUGCAGGGCAGCAGCUAGGCCAAAGGAAGAGGCUGCUCAAAGCACCUGCUCUGGCUGAGAUGGACAGCUCUGAAUCUGAAGAAGAGUCCAGUAAGAGCAGCUCCAGUAUGUCCACAUCUUUGAGGGACGACACGUCACCCGAGUCUGCAACAGGGAAGAAGGUUCGUCCAAAGUUCCUGCCCAUCUCUGCCGCCCCACAGACAGACAAGCAUCAGUCUCCACAGAGGCGACACUCCAUCGAGAAGGAGACCCCCACCAGUGUGCGUCCUUUUGUUCCUGCAUCCAGACAGAGCUCCAAGUCUUUGGUGAAAGCUGCCAGUGGUGCUCAGGGAACGGAGGAGUUCUGCUACCCAGUGGAGUGUCUGGCUCUGACGGUGGAGGAGGUGAUGCACAUCAGACAGGUCUUGGUCAAGGCUGAGCUGGAGAAGUUUCAGCAGUACAAAGACAUCUACAGUGCCCUCAAGAAAGGAAAACUUUGCUUUUCGUGUCGAACAAAGAGGUUCUCCUUCUUUACUUGGUCAUACACCUGCCAAUUCUGCAAAAGGCCUGUGUGUUCCCAGUGCACUAGAAAGAUGCGGCUGCCAUCUAAGCCUUAUUGCACCUUACCCAUCUACUCUUUGGGCCCCAGUGCUAUGCCAAAAGAAGAGGCAAGUGGAGCAUCUGCCGCAGCAGAGUCCGACAAGCACCCGUUUGGGUCAGAACACAACCGACACAGCCUACGCCGGAGCGUAAAGAAGUUGUCCAAGCAUGGUGGUAGUAGUAGCAGCAGCAAAGAUGGCUGGACACAGGAUGAACUGGAGCUGCCCAAGGAGCUGACGGAGGACUGGGCCACUAUGGAGGUGUGUAUAGACUGCAAAAAGUUCAUCACAGAGAUCAUCUCCUCCAGCAGGCGCAGCCUGUGCGGGGCCAGCAAGCGAGCCCGUCUCAAUCGCAAUCGCAAAACCCAGUCCUUCUACAUGUCCUCGUCUAAAUCGAUCAACUUCCGGCCCCUGGAACGUUCCAUCAAAGAGGUGUAGAAAGAGGGACUGACCUGUGCACUUUUGUUAUGCUGAGCAUAUUUGUUGAACGAAGAAAAUGCCCCCUCUUACCACAGUUAUUUUUUUAUUUUAAUUUUUUUUUGUAUAUAGUAAUUUUCAAAAAAACAAAGCCAGUCUGUCCCACCCCAAAGGUAGAAAAGGUUCGUACACCUUAACUGUCUCAGGAAAAGUUGGCACGCUAUGAUUGUUCAUUCAGUCGCUGCCAGACAAAGUAGAGCCAUGUUUCAGUGAUAUUUCAGGCCACCGUGGAUAAAGCGAACCUGACGAGCUGCCGAUGUUGAAUCAGGUAAGAGAAUGCAUAUUGGACACGAGAGCAGGAUCAAACGUUGCAGACAAAUAAAAGUUUCACUGAAUUUGUGUAAAUAAUAUCAAGGCCCAACCCCAAUCUUAGUCAUCAAUACGUUUUCCAGUUCCUGUUUACUUUGCACACUCAGGAAGAACAACCGAUUGUCUUUUUUGACAGAAAUGCACUGUAGAUGCUCUCGUCAGGUCUGCUGAGGUCGACCUCAGCCACUUUUCUGCUCCCUCCUUUAUUCUUCCAGCAACAGUUAUGCCAAAUAAUAUACCAUUCACUUUGUUAUAUGAAAAGCAUAGUCAUUUUUAUCACGCAACAUGUUGCAGGGCGAGAAUAGUCAGGAAAACAUUUUCUGGGUGGGACUUAGCUUUUAGUUAACA